AAUCAUUGAAAGAUGAUAUAGAGUUGAUAGUUCUGCAGUAUGUUGCAAUACCCCAGCGUAGAGCUACUUCGCGCUUUUAUGGAUUCCUUGACGCUAUUUACCGGGCAUCUAUCAACCUAAGAAGGUGUCUGGUCGGUAGAUGCACGUUGAAAUUUAUUCAUACGGACAUGAUACAUUGUGACCCAGAAAAUAUCGUUGUGUUAGCGAGCGCCCAAUUCGGCCUCUACGAGUACCUAUCUUCCUUACUUCCAAGACAACCUGUGGGGCCCGAGUUAAUAAGCUGCUACAUUUCUGCGUGGCUAAAGGAUAUAUCAAUUCAAGAUUCCGGAAUAGGGUCGCUAGACGUAUGGAAACGAGAGUUCAAAACCCUCGAAGUUCUUUUCAGCCAUGACACUUCGUCUCACUACGGGACAGCCCUUGACUGGGGGCCUGCAUUUCAUGCUAUGCUCCAAUCAUGGUGUAUUCAUAAUCCACCACAAUUGGCAGUCAUCGCAUUCUUGCUAUUUUACGGUGCAAAUCCAAGAUUCACUGUUGAGUUGAGCGAGAUGGAAAAUGGGUCCCCACUACGUGGGAAUUUUUACAAGUCUCACUUCAAUUCGGGAUUUUUAGCGCCUGAGUCAAGACGUGUAGCGGAGGAUAUACAUUUCAGAAAACUAGAUAACGAUGUAUACGUUGUGCCUGCUAGAGGGCAAAUCUCCCGUGUUAAUCGUCGCAGCAAUACUAUCGGCCUAGUGGAUUUGGCUUCAUUCUGGUUCUCAGAUCAGAGCCAUAUCUUAAAACCAGUCAUAAACUGGAUUAUGAAGCUGGCUGCACCCGUCGAACCGCGUCAUCGUUCGCGACUCCAAGAUAAAUUCGAGAAUCUUCGGCCAUUAUUCGAUCCAUAUCAUCCGGACUUCGUUGGCUGGGGCUUAGGCCAUGAAAAUAGGUCCAAUGUCAUUCUGUGGAAGAGGUACAAUAGACCACCCGAAGCAACGAUGGAAGUGGUAAGGACUCCACGGGAACUCACGGGAGACGAGAGAGCACGGAAAUAUAGAGCUAUACGAUUGCGACAACCAUAUGGACGACCCCAGAUAUUCCACGACCAGCCAUGAUAGAUAUGUGCGUGAAUCGAUGCGGCACUAUUAAGCGUAGUUUGGUGUUUUACCAACAUAGACGCAGCGAUGAUAUUAGGUCGCUUGCUUACCUAGGUACCCAUUGGAUUAAUAAAUAGCCCUUUCGCAGGUUACAUCAAUCCUAUUAAGGCUUUAGGUACUCUGGAGAACCCUUCAUCAUGUUUGCUAGAGGGAAGGGAACCCUACAUCCCAUCUUGUGCAAAACGACACAAGUCACUCACCUCCCAUUAUUAGACCGAAUGUGAUUCAGAGUAAAAACAA